AUGGCUACCCAGCCCAACCCCAAGGACUCGAUGAAGUCCACCUGGCGCACCGCCAGCCGUGACGAAUGGAACAUUAACCACUGGGCCAUCGAGCUGCUUAACGUGCACCCAACCGAGCUCAACAAGGAAAUCCCAGUGCACCAAAAGGACGAGAAAGUCCCCUACCUCACGCAGUGGUCCUUGAACCUCUGGGUUCUCCUCUACGGAGCCCUGCCCUUACUCAUGCACCAAGUCUACGCCACCUUCACAGGCCACAACCUGGGCCCAAUAGCCGUCUUCAACUUCUACUUCAUGGCCUUCAACGCCGUUGUGAUCUUCGAAGUCCACAUCCUCCGUCGCCUGGGUCACAUCUACGGCUUCCUCGACGGCGACAAGCACGAACGCGACGGCGUCCCAGACGUUGGCAUCGGCAAAGUCGUAACAUCGCUGUACAAGACGACGGGCUCGCGCAUCGCGCUGGCUACCUACUUCACCUACAACGUCAACCAGCUGCCCUCGCAGCUGAACUGGGCCAUGCUGCCGCUGCAAAUCGGGCUCUACGGCAUCGUCCUCGACUUCUGGUUCUACUGGUACCACCGGCUUAUGCACGAUGUCGGCUUCCUCUGGAAAUUCCACCGCACGCACCACCUCACCAAGCACCCCAACCCCCUCCUGGCCGCCUACGCAGACCACGAACAGGAGUUCUUUGACAUGGUCGGCGUCCCUAUGGCCACCUACUUCAGUCUCAGGCUCAUGGGCCUCCCCCUCGGCUUUUACGACUGGUGGCUCUGCCACCAGUAUAUCGCCUUCACCGAGGUGCUGGGCCACAGCGGCCUGCGCUUGCAUUCAACCGGCGCGUCCACCCUGACCUGGCUACUUGAGCUCUUCGGUGCCGAGAUCGUCAUCGAGGACCAUGAUCUCCAUCAUCGGAAGGGCUGGCGCAAGAGCCAUAACUACGGGAAGCAGACGAGACUCUGGGACCGGAUUUUCGGGACCUGUCAUGACCGGGUCGAGGGGACGAAGGACAAUAUUGAUUAUGUGAAUUCGGUUAAUAUGCCGUUGUUUUGA